AGCUGGACAAAAUUGAGAGCAGCGAAGACGAUAUUAAAUGCAAAUAUUCACCCUGGAGGACGUCUGGAAAGUUGUGAUGCUGGACUGUGGAUGUUGGAAACACUUCCGAAUGCAGCCAAGCAGGACAAGUUUGCAGAGCCAACGCUUUCUCAUACGCAGCCCGCAUGCGAAGCUGUGUUUUUGUCUGACAAAUCAAAAGAGGGCGCGACCUUUGUUGGUCCAGGAAUGGACAGAUUGCACAGGAAUGGAAGACCAGCAUUACAAGUUCCCACUUUCCAGACCAUUAGACAUUUUUGCAAUGGAUAGACGAUGCGUGGGUGGCGUUGAUGACGGAGCUGUCGAAGACCCUGCACACGACCGGUGGGAGCGUGAAUUAUCGGAAAUUCCUCGGAGCUCACGAGUUGAAGGAGCACGAUAAAUUGCUAGACCACUGGCGGACCUACGACAAGAUGGCGAUCCAGGAAGAAAGACAGGCAGCAGGUCUGGAGGGAGAAGUAGUUAUAAAUGCGUCCGAUCUAUGGAUUGCAAAAGUAUCGUACUCGUACAAAUGCAUUACAAAUUUCCUCAGCAUGAGAAAUAAAAUUUGUAAUGCGGAUCUGACUUAACAAAAUCAUUUGUAAUGCAUGAUUGCAAUACGAAUGCGAUGCUUUUGCACAGGAUACGAUCAGGACAAGUACCUGAUUGCGAAAUUGGUAGAAGUUUUCGACGCAGUAUCGCAAGAAAAAACUGUCUCACUGUGA